ACUUUCGUAGUACAGGAAAUGCGUUAAAACUACACAAAUACCGUGUUUAAUAACAAUGUUGUGGGUUUUUUUGUGUUACAAAGUUGUCAUCCUAUGACGCCGCUCAGGUCAAAGCUCUUGUUUUCACCUUUGACCUCCAUGACCAGCCACAAACUUGUUUUGUAGCUAACUUCCAGGUGAAAGAACAGAAAUGAUGGAUGUCAACAAUAGUAAAGUGUUUUCGCUUGUGUGUGUGUGUUUGUGUGCGCAGAUACCAUGCUAGGUUUGUUGUGUGUGAUGCUGUUGGCUGUGGGCGUGGCUAACACGUCACCCCCAACGAAGCAGCCCUCUUUCAGCGCACAGCCACCACUGGACCCUGAAGUGCAUAUGAACAUUACAGAGAUCAUCAGGAGAUGGGGUUACCCGGCAGAGGAGCAUGAGGUUAUGACGGAGGAUGGGUACAUCCUGAUGGUGAACAGGAUUCCUGCAGGACGCAAGACGACACAAGGUCCGAGAAUGGCCGUUUUACUACAACAUGGCCUCCUGGCAGCCGGAAGCAACUGGAUCACCAACCCGCCCGCUUCUAGUCUGGGCUACGUGUUAGCCGACGCUGGCUACGAUGUUUGGCUGGGAAACAGCAGAGGAAAUACCUGGUCCAGGAAACACCACAAGUUCCGCCCAGAUCAGGAAGACUUCUGGAGGUUCAGUCACGAUGAAAUGGCUCUAAAGGAUCUACCUGCAGUUGUGGACUACAUCUUGAAGGAGACCGGCCAAGAAGACAUUGUUUACAUUGGACACUCUCAGGGGACCACCAUAGCAUUCAUGGCGUUUUCCACGCUACCACAACUGGCUGCCAAGAUCAAGCUGUUUGUCGCUUUGGCUCCUGUGGCAACGGUGGCCUUUACCAGCAGCCCCAUGACCAAACUGUCCAACGUGCCCGACUCCUUUGUCUAUAGCCUGUUUGGAAGGCGGGAUUUCCUGCCUCAGAGUCACAUGAUAGAGUGGUUUGCGGAGCAUGUUUGCGCCAAGCAUCUGCUCAACGAGCUGUGUGGAAAUCUUUUCUUCAUCCUGUGCGGCUUUGACGAGAAGAACCUCAACAUGACUCGAACAGCGGUCUACACCACUCACUGUCCUGCUGGGACAUCCGUCCAAAACAUGAUUCACUGGGCCCAGGCCGUUAGAGGCGGGAAGCUGAUGGCGUUUGACUUCGGCACUGAAGGAAACAUCAAACAUUAUAACCAGUCCAUUCCCCCCCAGUACCGAGUCCAAGACAUGAAGGUUCCCACGGCCGUCUUUUCGGGGGGACAGGACACGCUGGCCGACACCAAAGACGUGGCGGUCCUCCUCACUCAGGUGCCCAAUCUGGUCUUCCAUCAGCACAUUGAACAUUGGGAACAUCUGGACUUCAUUUGGGGGCUUGAUGCCCCUCAGCUGAUGUUUCCGAUGGUCUUGAAGCUUCUGCAGAAGUACCACUAGAUGGCGCCACUCUGUGUGUGUGUGUGUGUGUGUGUGUGUGUGUGUGUGUGUGUGAGAGAGAGAGAGAGAGAGAGACGCCACCUGAAGCCCUCAGAGGAAACGUGUCCAAAUGUUUACAGCUGCUUAAAGUGAUUAUGAAUUAUAUUUGUACACCUUUUUAAUUUCCUGUUUUAGAGCAAAGAAGUUCACGUUGUUGACUUGCUUCCUGUCCUUCUUUCAUCCGAUUCCAAUAAAAAAAAAAAUCUACCUUUAAAGU